AAAGAAAAGAAAAGAAAAGAAAAGAAAAAACCCAGCCGUGAUUCCUUCUCUCUCAACCGUAGCCUUUGUUCCACUAAAAUCCUACUGCCCAGAACAUUAAAGUCAGCCGCCUCUCUCAUACGGUUUCUGUUAUCACAGCAACUCCAAUCACCCAUAUAUUUCACAGCAGCUCCAGUCACCGAUCAACUAAUCCACCAGGUUUCUCCAUCAGCGACACCCACAACCGCUCCAGCAUCAAGCUCUCUCAGCCGCUGCUCCUCUUCGUCAGCACCAGCAGCACCCCACCACCAACCAGAACGUCUUCUUCUUUUCAUUACUGCUUUAGUAAGCCUCAAGACUCCAAGGGGUGAAUUUGGAACCCUAGCUUCCCCAAACUUGUUUUCAAAGCAUUGAAUGAAUGGAAAAUUAUAGAAUCGCAAGUGCAAGUUAAUUGAAAAGAGUAGCAAAUAGCAAUGAGCAUGGAGGCAGCGCAGAAAAAAACCCCUGCACAGAUUGUCAGAUUAGACAAUGCCUUCAAAAUGGCUGGACAAUGGGUCAAUAACAUGAGCAAGGCUGUAGAAGAUGAACCAGCAGAAGUAGAAUCAGAGGGCCGGCCUUCUAGGCUCGGACUUGGUGCAAAAGAAGUUCCACGCCAUUCUAAAGCUAGACUAUCAAAUGACCCUGUCGAAAGGAGGUUAUAUGCCAAGUUGGAAGCUGGAAAGAGAAGAGCUGCUAAAAUUAUUGAGGAAUCCAUUGUACCAGCUAGAGAUUGUAACGAGGAUGAUGACAGUGACGGAGAAUUAGAAAGCAGAACCAGUACAUUUGCAAAGAAGAGACCAGGUCCUCAAGUACAAUCUCUACAAGUUAAGAAGAAACAGAAGUAACUUGUUACCUUAUCAAAGAUCAAAUGUAAUGUUUGUGUUUUGUAUCUGUUAAAUCAUUUGUCAUGUGCAAAUUUGAUGGCUGCAUAUGUCCCCCCCCCCCCCCCCCCCCCCCCCCCCACAACUUAGAGAAUUAUCAUAGCAUCCUUUUGAAAUCUCAUGAUCUUUGAUUGGUGUAGCAAGCUGUAGGACUUGGUAGCUGGGAAUCCUUCUUAGCUUAACAUGGUCAUAGACACUAGAAUCUGUAUAGUAGCUUGAUGGGAAUUGGUGUGAGAUAUUAUGGGAUGCGGACAAUUUAAAAGGGAUAUGUUUUUGCUUUAAAUUAAUAUUAUUUUGAUGUUUUUAUAUCA